GCCUUGUUCUGUGGAAGUCAUUUUAAGAAUUAAGAACGUAGAGAAAAUAUUGUUUAAAUCAAGAUAAAAAAAACUGAUAAAGCGUAAAAAGUAUACCAUUUUUCUCGCGUAGUGUUCACAAAUAACUUACGCGAUUACAUGAGGCGUUUGCGAAAACCAUCUGCUAAGGGAAAAAGUGGAGACGAUACAACAACUGCGAAUACCAAUAGCUCAGGCGACCAUCCAACAUCCGUCAAUACCAUCGUCACCACGCCAGAGGACAGGGAUAACGCGACGCAUGAUACCAAUAUCCAUAAUUCCGAGCCUGUAUCGCCUACAAAAGCGUUGGUGACAACACCACCAACGAAAAUCUCCAAAUCGAGACGAGCCAUAAUGGACACAACAAAUGGCGGCAGUGGGCCGACAACUUGCCUUAGUGCAGAUGUCUUCAAGCACUUUGAAAAAUCGGGAAAAAAUGAAUUUUUAAAAUAUUUGAAACAACAUGUUCGAGACAACGAGAGUCCUUAUAUGGGAGCGAAGAAUGAUUUCAAAUUUGGUGUCUCCAGUGCCAUUUACGAUCUGCUGUGGCAAGGUGUACGAUGUACCUUGAAAAAGGAUACGGUUUUGACGACACUAAGUGAAGUGGUGCCCCUACAUGAAGAUUUUCCCUCUCUUAUAUUGGAUGUGGUUAAUGUAUUGGAUGCCGAGACUUCUCUAAUGACCGAUGGUAUACAGGAGGAGCGUCUUAUGUUUUGCCAGAUACUUAAAGAUUUAGAAAAGGUUAUACCUGAUAAACUUAUCAAAGAACGGCUGGAGAUAGAUACUCUACAGGAAGUUGGUAUUGUAAAGAAUAAAGUCUUUUACACCAAAUUCAUAAAAAUUAAAACAAAGUUAUAUUAUAAACAGAGACGUUUUAAUCUAUUUCGUGAAGAGAGUGAAGGUUAUGCCAAGCUUAUAACGGAGUUAAAUCAAGAAUUUGAAGAAGAUGUUACCUCGGAUAGCAUUAUGGAUAUUAUAAAAUCAUUAAUUGGUUGCUUUAAUUUGGAUCCCAAUCGUGUUUUGGAUAUUAUAUUGGAAUCAUUUGAAUCCAGGCCAGAACGUUGGCAGUUGUUUAUACCAUUGCUGAGGGCAUACAUGCCCAAUGGUUCCAUUAUAUGUGAAGUUUUGGGUUAUAAAUUUCGUUAUUUCGCUGAUACAAAGACGCCGCGUUCAUUGUUUCAUGUCUGCUCAUUGCUAUUGAAAUAUGGUGUCAUAGAUCUAAAUGAUAUUUAUGUAUGGUUGGCCCCCACUGACAGCGAUAUCAUAGGCGAAUGGGAACAGGAUUUGGCUGAUGCCAAAGAAUUUGUAAGAAGAAUUAAUGUCAUAGUUACCAACAAAGACAAAGAACCCACCGAGCCAGAACAGGAAAAGGAAUAUAGUUUAGACAAAUAUUUCGCCAAUCAAAAGUUCGGCUUAUGUGAGGGUCUCCUUAAAGUUGGUGAUUGGGAAAAUGCUUUGAAGAUUAUCAAAAAGCUACCCGAACAAUCGGUGGUGGUGCAUGAACCCAUCGCACGUGCCCUAGCCGAAUUAAUCCACAUCAGCAUUGAUCAUGUAUAUCGCACGAAAUGUUUCAAAAUCUCACCAGCAGCCACAUUACAAAAACGCCGUCUUAGUGAUGACUCAAAACUUUUGCAGAAAAUAAAGGCCAAAGACUUUUCCGAUUUGAGGAGUUAUGUUAUUCCAAUGGUUAUAGCAUUGGGACCAUCGUUGCACUUUGAUACAGUGCUUAUGUACAAAUUGAUACGUAUAAUGCGUACCAUUAUUAUGGAUAUGGGAGUGGAUAGUCAAAAUUUGCCACCACCCAAUACAGAGGCGGAGGCUUUGUACAAUGAGGCCAUGACCAUAAUGGACUCGGCCAUUUUACCCGCCCUAUCCUAUUUGGAUUGUAAUUGUCCCAUGGCUGAGGAGAUAUGGACGGUUUUGAAAUAUUUUCCCUAUCAUUAUCGCUAUGCAUUGUAUGCCCGUUGGAAAAAUGAUACCUACCAAUUGCAUCCCCAGCUCAUACGUCGUCGUGGUAAGGCUCAAAAGCAUAUAAAGGCCAUUAUGAAGCGUGUAAGCAAAGAAAAUGUUAAACCUCUGGGGCGUCUUAUUGGCAAGUUGAGUCAUUGUGCUCCUGGUUUCCUUUUUGAUUAUAUUCUGUUGCAAAUUCAAAUCUAUGAUAACUUGAUUGGCCCUGUGGUUGAUUCUUUGAAAUAUUUAACUUUCCUCUCCUUCGAUUGUUUGGGCUACUGCCUUAUUGAGGCUUUAACCAUGGCCGAUAGAGACCGUUUUAAACAUGAUGGCACCUCCAUAUCAUUGUGGCUGCAAAGCUUGGCUUCAUUUUGUGGGGCCAUCUUUAAGAAAUAUAACAUUGAAUUGAGUGGUUUACUGCAGUAUGUGGCUAAUCAAUUGAAGUCUCAGAAGAGUUUGGAUCUUUUAAUUCUCAAGGAAAUCGUUCAAAAAAUGGCUGGUGUAGAGUCCGCGGAGGAAAUGACAAACGAACAACUUAAUGCUAUGUGUGGUGGAGAACUGCUAAGGGGAGAGGCUGGCUACUUCAGUCAAGUACGCAACACAAAGAAGUCAUCACAACGUCUAAAGGAUGCCCUUGCUAAUCAUGAUCUGGCCGUAACCAUAUGUCUGUUAAUGGCACAACAAAAGCAUUGCGUCAUAUAUCGGGAAACUGCACAAAGCCAUUUGAAACUGGUUGGUAAACUUUAUGAUCAGUGUCAAGAUACGCUGGUACAAUUUGGAACAUUUCUGGGAUCAACUUAUUCGGUGGAUGAAUAUGUGGAACGUUUACCUUCGAUAAUAGCAAUGCUACAGGAUUAUCAUAUAAACUCAGAUGUGGCCUUCUUUUUGGCAAGACCAAUGUUUACACAUCAAAUAAAUCAAAAAUAUGAUCAAUUGCGAAAAGCUGAUCCCAAUGCCAAGAAAUUGACCAAUAAUCAGAAAUUGCAAAAAUAUCUGGAAGCCACCAAUUUGAUUAUGAAUCCCAUUGUUGAGUCUGUUCGUCCCCUGCAUGGUUUUAAAGUAUGGGAAGAUAUAUCGCCGCAAUUUUUUGUGACAUUUUGGUCACUGAGCAUGUACGAUUUGCAAGUACCCCAUGAUAGCUAUCAAAAGGAAAUUACCAAACUUAAGCAGUUGUCACAAAUGGCGGCAGAUUCAAAGGACUCGAAUGCUUCGAAAAACAAAAAGGAACAAGAACGUUACAUAGCCCUUAUGGAUAAACUGCAAGAUGAGCGCAAGAAACAACAAGAGCAUGUAGAUAAAAUCCUACAACGCCUGCAACAGCAAAAGGAUAAUUGGUUUUUGUCACGGUCAGCGAAAUCUGCGAAAAAUGAGACCAUUACACAAUUUCUUCAAUUGUGUCUUUUUCCAAGAUGUACUUUCACUGCCCUCGAUGCCUUAUAUUGUGCUAAAUUUGUCCAUACCAUACACAAUUUGAAAGCAGCCAACUUUUCUACACUGUUAUGCUAUGAUAGAAUCUUUUGUGAUAUCACCUAUUCCGUUACAUCCUGCACUGAAAAUGAAGCUACACGUUACGGUCGCUUCCUGUGUGCCAUGCUGGAGACUGUAAUGCGCUGGCAUUCCGAUCAGGCCACAUUUAAUCGUGAAUGUGCCAAUUAUCCCGGAUUUGUUACCAAAUUCCGUGUAAGCAAUCAAUUUUCCGAAGCCAACGAUCACGUUGGCUAUGAGAACUAUCGCCAUGUGUGUCACAAGUGGCAUUAUAAAAUUACUAAGGCCAUUGUAUUCUGUUUGGAUUCCAAGGAAUACAUGCAAAUACGCAAUGCCUUGAUAAUAUUAAUGCGCAUCUUGCCACACUAUCCGGUGCUGGCCAAAUUGGCUCAAAUAAUUGAACGGAAAGUGGAAAAGGUUCGGGAAGAGGAGAAAAACAAACGACCUGAUCUCUUUGUAAUUGCCUCAAGUUACAUAGGGCAAUUAAAGACAAAAGCGGCUCAAAUGAUAAAGGAAAGUGAUUUUCAUCAGGUCACAGAAAGACCGGUACGCGUUGAAGCGCCGGCAGCAACAACUACAACACCAGUGGUGGCACCUGCUGCAGUCACAACGAAUACCGCUGUUGUGGUAACCGCAACAACACCUUCAACGCCUGUUAUUAAUUUGACUGGUAGUGGUAGUAAUACACCUUCCUUAACCAUAGAUACAAAACAGACCUCAAAUGGAGAAUUGAAAUCCGACAAACGUGAAAAGGAGCGCUCCGAGCGUCCCUCGAAAAUGAUUAAACUGAAUUCUGGCUCAGCUGCCAUAGAACGGGAGCGUGAUAGGGAUAGAGAUAGAGAGCGUGAAAGUUCCAGUCGGAAUAUGAAAGUUAUAGACAUCAGUGAUGAACCUGUCAUGCCCACACCCCUCUUAUUAGCGGAACGUGAUUCUGAUCGUCACAGUAGUACAAGAUCUUUAAAAGAUUCCAAAAAAGAUGAACGUUCCCGGGAUCGCGACAGGGAAAGAGAACAACGAGAACGUGAACGCGAAAGGGAUCGCAAUCAAUUGUUAGAGGAUGUCAUCAUGGAAGCCACUUCAACUCGUUCAAAACGUGAUAAAAGGCGCGAGGAACGCUAUCGAGAUUCACAAUCCGUGGAAGUGGUUGAACCAUCAGCGAUUACCACAACAUCGAGCAACAAGAAUGACUAUGAUCGUGGUGGUGAUCGCGAUAGAGAUCGUGAAUAUGAACGUAACGAACGUGGAAGGGAUCGUGAUUUGAGUUCUGUAUCGAAUGAGAGUAUUGGUUCAAUGCAACAACAACAACGACGUAGUCAAGAUGUUAUUGAAUAUGAAAAAGAUUCCAAACGUCGUAAAGUGGAUGCAUCUUCUUCCAAUUCAAAGAAGCAAAAUAUAGAUGAUCACAAUGAACUGUCGAAAAAGGAACGUGGCCUCAAGAGCAAAGAGCGUAAAGAAAAACUGACCGAUGAGGAAAAGGAUGCCCGCAAAGAGCGUAAAUUGGGACGUAAAAGAGAACGUUUGGAGGAGACCAACACAUCAGAACAUAAGCGACGAAGGGAUGUUCAAAACGGCGAUGAUGAUCAACAGCAACGGGAACGCGACAAAUAUCAUGCCAGAGACAAAUCGCCGCAUGUACGCGAUACACGUGAACGUUCCCACGAAAAGUUCGAACGAGAACGAAGCUCUCGUGAUGAACGAGCCUACGGUGGCGGCGGUGGCGGAGGCAGCAGCAGUAGUGCUAACACAAAAUCAACGCGUACCCGUAUUGGAUAUUAGGGUGGUGGUGAAAAAAAAAAAGUAGAAAAGUGAAGAUAAAUUCAAAAGUUAUUUUAAGCAUUUGUCAAGAAAGAAACUAAAAUCAAAUACAUUUUCUUUUAAGUUGUAAUUCUUAAGACCUUCAUCAGGAAACAGAAGCACACAUAAAUCAGCGCUACCAAUUCAUAGAUUUACACACACACACACAUGUACUCACACAUACACAACACAACAGUUCUAAAUAACCUCCGAAUAGUUUUAAAAAUGGCAUAAACUCACUCUCACCACAUUCAAAUCAAGAUACACUUGUAAAAUUAUUUCUAAGUGAAUUUGUAACUCUUAAUAAUUUUAGUAAUGCGUUAUUUUUUUUUGUAUUGUAAUUAUAAACUAUGAUUGAACUUUUAAAUGAUUUAUAUAUACAAAAUAUUAUUUGAAUUUUGUUUUAUGCUUAAAAGAGACAAAAUAAACAAAAAAAAAAGAAAACAAGAAAUCGGAAUCACCUUGACAUAUUUUAAAUGUCCUAUACAUAUGGAAAAGCGGAUUGAGAGAAAUUACCCUGCAACACAAGCGUCCUAUUUUCCCCUCCUCCUUUUUCAAAUUUUAAAUUUAAGUGUAAAGAUUAUUGUUCAGAUCAUUGUAACUUUAAACACUAAAUGUUAACAAAACAAACAAACCAUUUUUCUAGAAAAGAAACGAAAACAAAACAAACAACAAAAAUAAGGAAAGAGUAAAACCUGCGGAGAUAUUCAGAAAAGUGUGAUGAUAAUUUUAUUUUGGAUCUAAAUUUAAAACUGAAUAGAUUUAAAAUUAAGACACAAAUAAAGAAGACUUUUAAACGUAA